ACUGACAUCUGACGAAAAACAAAAAUCGGUCGCGUCUCUUGAGUUCCUCUCACAUCCUCACAUCCAGCGCAAUCUAAUGGCGUUGGUCCAACCCUUCGCGCCGAGCGGUUGGUUUUAGGAAGUGCAGAGGGUCUUUCAAUUUUGUUACGCACUCAAGACACCCCGGAAUAACCAGUCAUGUCAACGCGCUGCUGCUGCGCCCUUCUUCUGUAGUGCACAGAGAGGGUAGCCUACACUCAUGUUGGUGUCAUAACAGGCUGACAGCCGAUACCUUCGUUUCAAGGCGCCGUGAGUGACUGAGCACCAUGACAACCGACACCAUGGCGAUGGAGCCCACCGCGAGGGCGGAGGACAUCAGCAGCAGAGAGCUGUCGCUGGAGCCGCUGCAGUCCUGCAAGCUGUGCCUGGGGGAGUUCACCCCCGAACACAUGACCGCCCUCACACACUGCCACUGCGUCUUCUGCACGGUGUGUCUGAAGCAGUAUGUGGAGCUCCUGAUCAAAGAGGGCCUGCAGACGGACAUCGGCUGCCCGGACUCGGCCUGUCCGCAGCAGGGACUCCUGACAGAGAGCGAGGUGGAGCUCCUGGUGCCUUCAGAAGUGCUACAGCGGUAUCAGCGGCUUCGCUUUGAAAGAGAGGUGCUGCUGGAUCCCUGGCGGACGUGGUGCCCGUCCUCCUCGUGCCAGGCCGUGUGCCAGCUUCAGAAGGAUGGCGCGCAGGACGUGCCCUCCGUGCAGCGUGUGCGCUGCCUCGUCUGCAGCACCGAAUUCUGCUCGGCCUGCCGGACCCAGUGGCACCAGGACCAGCCGUGCCAGGAGAGCGGGCUGAUCACCAGCCUCCUACCGGGGGAUAUCAGCCCCUUCUGUAAGAUUGAGGAUGAGGACGCCCCCAUCAAGCGCUGCCCCAGGUGUAAGGUGUACAUCGAGAGGGAUGAAGGCUGCGCGCAGAUGAUGUGCAAAAGCUGUAAGCACGCCUUCUGCUGGUACUGCCUGGAAUCACUGGAUGACGACUUCCUCCUGAUCCAUUAUGACAAAGGGCCGUGCCGGAACAAGCUUGGCCACUCUAGAGCUUCCGUCAUCUGGCAUCGCACUCAGGUGGUGGGGAUAUUUGCUGGCUUCGGUUUGCUGCUGCUGGUUGCCUCCCCUUUCCUGCUCUUGGCCACGCCCUUCGUGUUGUGCUGCAAGUGCAGGUGUCGCCGUGGCGACGACGACCCGCUGCCCACUUAAUGGGUCACAGGUCACCAUUUAGGUCAAAGGUCACAUCAGGACCGCCUCCGCACCUCUUGAAACCGCCGGAACCGAGCUCCACCAAGAGCGGACUGCGACCAGCGCCGCAAACCGACAGGAAGCAGGAAGUCCCAUUUCCUGUGCAGCUUGGUGGUUACCGUAGUUAACAGCCUCUCUCCUCUAUAGAAGCUGAUUUUGAUGGAAGGAGGGACCACAGAGAGAUGGAGGGAGGGAGAGAAAGAGAAAGAGAAAGAGAGAAAAGUUGUAAGGGAAGUAAAGCAUGUAGCAAAGAAUUAUGUCCUUGUAAAGGGGGUGUUUUGCUUCAAAUUCUCAAAUUGUUUUAAAUUCUCUUUUCUGUUAUUCUCUUCUAAGUCCACUAAAGAGACGUUUAUGUGCUCCACCCAAAAAGGAGGAAAGUAAUUUGUUUAGUCUUUUCAUCGUGUUAGUAUUUGGUAUGUAGGAGUUUUUUUCUCCCUUUUGUGGAAUUGCGGUCAUCCCAAACAACUUCCUCAUUAUUAUCCCAGCAUCUACACUCAUGGUUUUGUGCAAUGUAUUUUCCACACACAGGUCUCAUGCUCAUUUCAUGCUGGUGAGGUAUGAGUGUAUCAGUGGGUAGCAGGCAAUAUGUUUGCAAAUGCCAAAGCAGAACUUACCUCCAGGCCUGUUCACAGGCCACCAAUUCACCUCCAGUCUGCCAUCCCCAGUCUUCUGUCAUGAGGUCAAGAUGUGGCCAAUCCACUUUCCUUUUUUAGUUUAUUAGUAUUAGUCAAUCUGCUGGUCAGGAAGGGUGAUUCAGAGGUGCAAUACCCAAAACACCUCCCAGUAGCAACCAGACCGGCUCCUCUAGACGUUACACGAAAUGGCCUGUAUGUUUGAACCACUGAUCUUCUUCGUCUUCUAUGUCCUACUGCCAGUGCUCCUCACUGAGGUUAAGGUGGCAAAUUACAUGAUGAUAUGGCUCACUCAAGCAACAAAGCAGUGCUAUAUUUGUCCACUAGGGGUCAGUCUUAUAGCUUUGUGGCCUGAUGCCUGUAUUAUGAUUGGUGGUGACAGGACUGAGCAUAACCUUUCUAGGUGCAUCAGAUCUGUAGUGUAAGAGGGAGCUAUUGAACCAGAUCCUGAAAAAAAUACUGAAUUAUCUACCUAAGUAGAUGCAGGACAAACAAGAAGAGGCAUGUAGCAGCAGAAUAUUAUUAAGUUAGACAGGUAAGAAGAAUAUUAUUGCCACAAGACAUUUUAAAUGAAAGAAUUACAUUUCAUGAUGAGCUACCUGUACAGACUCUGGUCUGUAUAGUGUCUUUUAAGAAUAUUAAUGUAACUGAUUACAGAUUACAUUCAUUUCUCAGCAGGUAGAUCAGAUUGCAAUUGUAUUGUUUUAAGCCUGGUCAAAUAGCCACCAAUAGCCGAUAUUACAACUAAGGUUAUGUUACUUGACUUGGUCAUUUGUGCUAACUGUGGCAGGUAAAGCAGAUGUUAUAAUUUCAUUACUUUCACCGGCCAAUAUAUCUGUUCUAAGAUGUGAUACACUAGAAAGGAUAGCUUUUAAAAAAUAAGUCAUCACUUUGGAUUAUUAUCAUAAGGCUUAUAUCAGUAGAUGCCAGGUAGGACGGGAAUGUUAUAGAGUUCAGAAAAAGUUUCAGUUGUAGUGUUUUUCAUUGUUUGCUCAGAAACUAUGACCUGUUCUGGAUUUAUAUGAGUUUCAAGGUCUGGGGGUUAACAGGGUCCAAGAGGUGCCUAAUGAGCUUCUUUUUCAGCUUCACCAGUAAGGUUAGAAUCAUAUAUUUGCCAAAUCUGAGGUAAUGGCCAAGUUGUGCAAUUCUCAGAGAUUCUAAGAUUUUCUUUCUUUUUGCUUUCUUUGAACAGCUGUUGUUUAUUAAACAGAGGAGUACUGUUUAUUGAGUGAAACCUCAAUCUGUAUUUGUAUUAGAUCACACAUUAUUGGCCUGUUUUCUAUUUUGUAAUUUACAUUACUGUAUCCUUGACCCAGAUAAGAUAUAUGAAUGGUUUGGAGAUGGUACACAAUGCUGAUGUACUCUUUCAGAAGGUUUUUGUCUUGUAAGGUUCCUUCUGUUUGUGGAAUAAAAAAAGUUGAGCAUUCGCUUUUA